AAAUUUUAGUCGUUGAAGCUUCAACGGUUAUAUACGAUUGUUUGUUUUUAUGAUGCCUAAGCAAUUGUGAAUUAAAUGCUGAAUAUAAAUAGAUAAUUGUGUUUUAAGAAGUGUAUAAAUUUGGAAUUAUGUGAUAUGUGUUUUUCAAUUAACUUGUGUUAAAGUGAAUUUAUUUAUUUUUUUAUAAAUCAUGGCACCUUGGUCUCAAGUUAUUUUAGAAUGGGUAAAUUGUCUAGAAUUGUUGGAUUCUCCAGUCAAGGAUUUUGACGAAUUAGGAGAAAAAAACAUUUUUAAUAAAAUCGUUACAUCCAUUAGCUUUUGGAAAGACCAAGAAAACAGCUUAACAGAAAAAGAAUUACUCAAACUUUUUCUGCAAGAUGAAUAUCCAUUUUUUAAAUUCGAAUUUAACGACAAAAAAUUGCUCGCCGACUCCGUCCUUAUUACAUCACUUUUAUUGCUACGAACGUCACAAGAGCCAAUUUUCCACAAACAGAUGUGUGCGAAGCUCGACAAUGAAACUCAGGUUAAAAUAAAGAUGUUUCUCGAGAGCGCACUUUCCUAUGGAAAUAAUAUUACGAAAGAGUUCUUGGAGUCAACAAUUUCCGAACUCAACGAUGCCGAAGUCGCCAGCAUUGCGUGUCCGAAAACCCCUUACAUGACACCAAAGGGUAAACCACUCAGGGACUUCUUUAGUUCUCCUGCGGCGCGCUCGGUCCAAAAGCAUUAUGAAGUGUCUCAAAAAGCCUUCGAGUUGAGAAAAUUGAAAGCAGAACUUGAAAUGGAGCGUUGUGAGAAGAGCGACAUCACUGAAGACUUGAGGAUUCAACAGGACAGAAACUUGGCUCUUCAAGAAGCCUUACAAAAUAAGGAAAAGGAGAUUAAGUUUUUAAAAGACGAAUUGACAAGACCGCUGACUCCAAAAUCGUGCAAGAAAACUUAUACGUUGAAACCUGAUGUUUAUAAGGAGGAGAUAAAAGAUCUAGAAAAGUACAUUCUCGACCUGCAAAAGGAAAAUGAUAAGCUCCAAGAUGAGAAAGAAGCAUUAGCGAGAAAAGUCAUUACAUUUGAGACUCAAAGCACUGAAAUUUUACAAGAACACGAAUACUAUAAGAAAAAUUUCGAAACUUUAAGUAGUAAAAUAAAGCAAAGCGAUUUUGCUUUAUUUGAAUUAAAGAAAGAAAAUGAAGAACUCCGAUGUCACGUUAAGGAAAUUAACAAAGUGUCUUUCAACGAAGAGAGCUUCGAAUACGAACAUGUGCACACCGCCAAUGCAUCAUCUUUUUUAAAUACCAGUGAAUCACUCAGCUCAGUAAUUGAAAUUCAGUUGCAAGAGGCGAAAGAAGAGACAAUUAAGGUCCAAAAUGAACUCGCUUCUAUCUCUAAAUACUCAAAAUCUCUUGAUCUAGAAUGUCAACAAUUAAAGGAGUCUAAUCAGGUUCUUCAUCAGCAAAUCGAACAGAUGAAAAUAAUAGAAAAGAAAUUUCAAGAAGUAAAAUCAGAACUCCAAGUUUCUUGCGAUAGGGUGGAGAAAUUAAGUGAAGAAAAUGGAAAAUUAUUGGAGGAAACUCAACAGUUGAAUGUUCAGUUAGAAAAGUAUAAUGUCAACGAGAUAGCUUUGAAUAGUAAAUUAGUGACCAUGGAAGAAUCUUUAAAUCAAGAAAUUCGAAGAACUGCUGAUUUGGAGUCGUCAAAUUCGGAGAUUCGGGGAAAGCUUGAAGAAACAGAGAAAAUUGUGUCUAAAUUAGAAGAUUUGAACGUUCAUCUGGAGAGUACUGUUAACAAUCUGAAUCGCGAUGUUGAAGAAAAGGAUCGUCACUCCUCGCAAUUAGCGUCCGAAAUUUUGCAACUAAAUGAGUUGAUUACGAAGAACGGCGUCGAAAUAUCGAAUCUCACCAGUUCGAUAAAUCAGGCAAAUUCGGAAAUAGCUGCCUUGCAGAAAACAAAUGAAGAUCAAGUGGAACUAACAAAAUUAAUUGAGCAGAAAUAUCAAGAACUUGAUUCAGAUUUAAAGAUUUCUUCGGAAAAAGUAGAAACAUUAGGUCAAGAAAAUAAAAAUUUAUUAGAAGAAACACAGUUAAUGAAAGGUCAACUAGAGCAGUACAAUAUCAACGAAAUCGAUUUAAAUAAAAAAUUACUAGCUACGGAAGAUUCUUUAAAUCUGGAAAUUGCAAAAACAGCAGAGUUGGAAUCCUCACUUUCGAAAAGUCGAACCGAAAUCGAAGAAAAAGAUAAACUUGUAUCUAAAUUAGAAGAUUCGAACUCCGACUUAGAAGGCACAAUUAAAACUCUAAACAGCGAAGCCCAGAGAAAGGAUCAUCACUCCUCGCAAUUGGAAUCCGAUAUUUUAAAACUAAAUGAUCUGAUAAAAACCAAUGAAAUUGAAAAAUUAAAACUAACCGAUACGAUAAAUGGAGCAAACUCUGAAAUACUGGUAUUAAAAGAUACGAAUAAAGAUCUUUAUCAAAAAGUAGAUUUAAUGAACGCGAUGGAGCAGGAAUUAUGCAGGGUGAAAUCAGAACUUGAAACUUCCACCGAAAUUGUAGAAAAAUUGAGUGAAGAAAAUGGGAAAUUACUAGAAGAGACAAAACUCAUGACUAUUCAACUAGAAAAAUAUAGAGUCAAUGAAAUCGAACUUAAUGAUAAAUUAUCCUUUACACAAGAUUCAUUAAAUCUGGAAAUUGCAAGAACUGAAGAAUUGGAAUCGUCACUUUCGAAAACUCGAACCGAAAUUGAAGAAAAAGGUAAACUUGUAUCCAAACUCGAAGAAGUGAACAACAGUUUAGAAAGUAAAAUAAAAAAACUAAACUCCGACGCGGAAGAAAAAGAUCGGUACUCCUCGAAAUUAGAAGCUGAAAUUUCGGAUUUAAACGAAAUGAUUAAAAACAAUAACACCGAAAUAUCGAAUCUUACGGACAGGAUAAAUGAAGCAAAUUCAGAAAUACUUCUGUUGGAAAAAUCCAAACAAGAUCAAAUUGAAGCGACGAGGGCAGUGGAGCAGAAGUACCAAGUAAUCGAAUCAGAAUAUCGACUCUCUUGCGAAAAUGUAGAGAAACUAAAUCUGGAGAAUACAAAUCUACUGAAAGAGUCAGAAAUAAUGAAGAAGCAAAUAGAAGAGUUUACUCUCAACGAAAUCGAUCUGAAUAGAAGAUUAUCAACCUUAGAAGAAUCAUUAAAUCAGGAAAUUAACAGAUCUACUGAUUUGGAGUCAUCACUUUCGGAUUCGAGACAAAAAAUUCAGGAAAAAGAGGAAAUUGUCUCCAAAUUGGAAAACGAGAACGUUAAUUUAGAAGAAACGGUCAAAAAACUAAAGUGCGAUAUCGAAGAAAAAGAACAUCACUCCUCGAAAUUGGAGUCCGAAAUUUUGCGACUUAAUGAUUUGACUACAAAGAACGGGAUCGAAAUUUCUAAUCUCACCACUUCGGUAAAUGAAGCAAAUUUGGAAAUAGCUGCCUUGAAGAAAACAAACGAAGAUCAAGUGCAACUGACAAAAUUAAUUGAGCAGAAGUAUCAAGAAGUUGAUUCAGAUUUGAAGAUUUCUUCGGAAAAAGUAGAAACAUUAGGUCAAGAAAAUAAAAAUUUAUUAGAAGAAACCCAACUAAUGAAAAAUCAACUAGAACACUACAACGUGAACGAAAUUAAUUUAAACAAAAAAUUACUCUCGAUGGAAGAUUCUUUAAAUCUGGAAAUUAAAAGAAUCGCCGAUUUCGAGUCGAUAGUCACCGAUGUUAAAUCCCAGAUUGUCGAAAAAGAGAAAUUAAUUUCCAACAUUCAGGACUUAAACGACUGCCUUGAGUCUACGAUCAAAAAUCUAAAUCACGAAGCCGAGGAGAAGGAUCGCAAGACCUCGGAAUUAGAAACUGAAAUUUUGGAACUGAACCAUCAGAUCGAGAACGCUGGCAUUGAGAAAUCGAAUCUAAUCAGUAGUUUAAGUGAGAAAAAUUCCGAAUUACUCGAAUCGAAGGAGGAGAAUAAAAAUCUUUGUCAACAAAUUGAACUUAUGAAAGUGGUCGAGGAAAAUUUCCAUCGAGUGCAAUCGGAACUCUUACUUUCUUGCGAUCGGGUGGAAAAACUAAGCGAAGAAAAUUCAAAGUCUUUGGAAGAGACUCGAGUAAUGAAGAAUCAAUUGGAAGAGUACUGUCUCAACGAAAUUAACUUGAACAAAAAAUUACUGGCUGUCGAAGAUUCUCUAAGUGAAGAAGUUAAAAGAGCAGCGGACCUGGAUUCGUUGGUAUACGAAUUAAGAACAAAAAUCACCGAAGAAGAGGAAUUGAUUUCCAAAUUGGAAAAUUUGAACAAAACUUCUGAAGAUAGGAUCGAAAAUCUAAAUCUCGAUCUUGAAGGAAAGAGCCAUCACUUAAAGACUCUGGAUGCCGAAGUUUUGAAACUGAAUGAAGAAAUCAAAAUUCACGAACAAGAAAAAAUGGAAAUCAAGGAUUCACUUGAUGAAACUAGUUCUAAAGUUCUGGAACUCAAGGAAACUAUCAAGCAAAAUUCGAGUGCAAUUCAAAAACUCCAGGGGUCUCUAAACUAUAGAAAUUCGAUUCUAGACGAAUUUUCCAAAGUUGUAUUUUCAGAAAAUAGUGAAUUCUCACCGUCUUUGGACGCAAUUGCGAAGAAUUUGAACGAAUUCAAAAACUCGUUAGAACAAGAAAAUAUGGAAUUAAGGGAAGAGGAAUUAAUGGAAAAAAUUGUGAAUCUGUGUACUUUAGUCAACGAGGUGAAAAAUUUAAAACACCAGAAAAUUGCUUUGGAAGAGAACUUGAAUUCGGUGCAAAGUCUUCUUUGUCAGAACCAAACCGACUUGGAGGAUAAAAACAAGUCUAUCGGGCUUUUGGAACAAGAGGUCAAAGAUUUACAAAGCAGUAAUGAUCACUUAAGUGAAGAAUUGUCUCUGAUUACGAAGAAAAAUCUUGCUGUUGAAGAAAAAUUAGAGGAAAAGAAUCAAGCACUCAAUUCUUUUGAAAUGAAUGUUUCGAACCUGCAACAAGAGAAAUUGUCACUGGAACAGGAAUUAAGAGCAUCUGAUGAAAAGUCUGAUUCCCUUACACAAGAAUUGAAUGCAAGAGAAUCAAUUAUAAAAACUUUAGAAAACGAACAAAAUUUGUUGAGAGAAGAGAAAAUCUCCUUUGAGUGUGAAUUAAAUGCUGUUAUCGAAAGUUUGAUAAAAGCUCACGAAGAAUUCUCUUCUGCUGAUAAAGUUGCUCCAAAAGAUGACGCUUCGGGGAAAAGAAAAUCGAUUUCAGGUGAAAUUGCAGAAGAAUCGUCGAUGAAAAAUGAAAUUACAGCAAAAUUAGAAGAAAAGGUGAACGAAAUGCUUCGAAUAAAUGUUUCCUUAAAAUACGAUUUGCAGCUGAGUGGUGAAAAAUUAAGUCAACUGGAAAAUUGCAUACGAGAUAUUAAUCAAGAGAAAGAAGAACUACAGAGAGAGAAUUCAUCGAAUCAAACCGAUUUGAGUGAAGCAAGAAAAGAGCAAGAAGUCCUUAAUUCCUCGAUUCGGGAGUUGAAAGAACGCAACACGUUGCUGAGUAAUAAACUAAAUUCAACGCAAAGCAAAAUUUCCCGAUUGGUCCAACAAAAUAAUUUCAAGAACAAUUUGAUAUCGAAACUGAAAGCAGAUCAUGAAUCACCAGAAAAUCUGAUUAAAAAGGAAGAAGUAAAAUUAGAAACAAGUGAUGCUAAUUUGAAUCAGGAAAUAUCGAAUGAAAUGAAACACGAAUCCGAAGAUUUGAAAAAUAUGUCCAUUAUCGAGAACGAAUUGAUCGAGAAUUCCAGCCAACAAUGCGAAAAUUUGGAAGAAUGCAUCUCGCAGAAAAUACGUCUAGGGGACAUUGUCACAGAAAUCGAGAAAGAAAAAUUCGAGUUAGAAAAUUUAGUAAAAGAACUAAAAAACAAGGAACAAGAGCAGAAAGUCCACAUCGAUAAAUUAAUUGUAGAAAAAAGUCUCCUCCACGAAAUAUUGUUGAGGGCAACAAAGACUCGAGAAGAUUAUCACAAAAAAUUAUCGAAACUUGAAGAAACCUGGAAUACGAGUCUGAAUAAAUUCUACGAUACUUUCUUUAAACAUCAAUCAGAUUCUGACGAACUGAAAAAUAUACACAAAGAAAAAGCAGUUUUGCAAAAUAUUUUCUCCACCUACACACAACAGAACCUACAAUUGUUAACUUCCUUAACCGAUGUUUCGAUAAACAAAUUUUUAUGCAUUGAGGAAAAAAUUAAAAACAACGACAGCAACAUUCAGUUGGAGAAUGAAAAAGAAAUUCUACAGUCCGACAUUAAAGGACUUGAGACCACGAUUAACGAAAUGGAAGUAACCGAAAAGAGACUAGAAUCAUUUGUGUCAAUGGUGAACAAGUACAACAAUAGUCCGGAGGCGAAUCAUGUAAAAUAUUCAGCGGAGAAUUUCAAGAAAUUGGAACUACAACUGCAAAAUGUAAAUAAAGAGAAGAGAGAUGUUAAGGAGAAAUUAGAUAACAUUCGAAUAAGGAAUGCGAAGUUGGAGAAAAAUAUCGAUGAACUGAGAAGUGAAUUAACGAAAUUGAAGAGCAUUCAAAGUGGCAAUUCGGAAGCGGAAAAAGAUUAUUUGGAGAAAGUAAAGUGUUUCGAGGAAGAGAAUACGAAUCUGAAAAUGGAAACGGCACACCUGGGGGAGGAAAAUCGAUGCCUGAAGGCGGAAAUUGAAUCCUUAAGAGGUCAGAUAACAGAGAAGGAUGAUGAGGGUAAAAUUGCCGUUUCGAAAAUUGAUAAUCGAAUUAAGGAGAUUCACGAUGAGUACGAGGUCAAGUUGGAUAAACUCAAGGAAAAAAUGAAACUUGCUUACAACGAACAAAUGCAGAAAUUGACAAUGAAGCAAGAGCAAACAAUUCAAGAGAAGGUUAAGAGUUUACAAGCAAAGAUCGAGCAACAAUGUCGCAAGCAUACUGAGGAAAUUAAUAAAUAUAAGGAGCACGUGACGGAAUUAACUUCCCGACAUUGGGAAGUUUGUGAUAAACUUUUGGCUGAGAAACAAGAAAAGGAAGGCGCUUUCAAGCAAAUGAAGGAAAUGAGUUUGAAAUUCAAUAAUGAUAUUAAGGAUUUGCAUCAAAGACAAGUAUUGUCAUCGCUGAACAAAACAGCAAGUUUGGACAGAAGGGAUUUCACAACGACGGACUUCCGAAAAGGUGUGCAAACUUUCCAAAUUAUUGAAGAGGAAUCUUUCACGAGAAGACGUAGUCUUCAAGGUUUGCAAGUAAUGGGAAAUGCAUUCAAUGCCGAAGAUGAAGAGGGAGAAGUCUUCAAUAAUGUGUAUUUAGCUGAUAUGAAGGAAGGUCGUACCAGUACUAUUAACUCAGAUUUCAAUCGGGUCUCGGUUUUGCAAAUGAGAAAUUCUCUCUGUAAACCACAUUUGAAGUCUUCCUAUCCUGCCGAAACGCAGUUCCAACCUCUAGGGCUAACCGAAGAGGACAUAAAGCAUGGGGGAACAGAGGAUAUUUUUAACGACAGUCUUAGUCAAAGUCUGCUUCCGAACCAAAAGGGGAAAAGAAGAGAGAGAACUCAGACAUCCUAUAAAAAACCUGGACCUCCUACACCAAGUAAAAACGGUAGACGACUAUCGUUGCAGGGCAACGAAGCAAAAUCUCCAACGUCGCGAAUUUUAAGAGAACGAAAUUUAGUUGAGAAAAGAACUACCGGUACCCCACGGCGGUUAAAGGAUCUCUUCAGUACCUCGAGACAGCAAGAUGAGAAUGCCGUGGGAUCGCCCAGACGAUUCAGCAAUAUCUUCCGCAAGAGGCGAUUACAAACAGAAAAAAAAUAAUAUGUAAAUUAUAUUUUAUUUAUAAAUAGCUAUAGAUUACUUCAACAAAAGUAACUCAAUUUUAACAUUCAAAGAAUCUGUAUAGAUGAUUUUACUAGUAACAAUAAGUUUUAUGUAUCAUAGUGUUCUGAAAAUAAAAUGUUAAAUUAACAUUUUUCCAAGAUGCUUCGCAGCUUCCUUUACAGUUCGAAAAAAAGCUGUGGCGAAAACAGUUCUUUAGUACAAAGGUGACUAAAAUAUUGAACAAUAAAAAAAGUAAUCAUGAAAUUAGUAAUUGUAAAGAAUGAGUGAUUUUUAGUCGCGUAUAAAUGUGUAUGCCAAUCGCGGUUUUAUAUUGAGUCACAUUUUUAUAUACAUAACUUUUUGCCAAAUGUACUUAAUUUUAUUUUUCAAACCAACUGUAUUAUAAUGUCUAAUAAAUCUAAUUUUGUUACUAAA